UUGAUUGAUCGGCUGGUUUCUGGGUCCAUAGGUCAUUCAUCGCUUUGUACAUAGCAUGUCACUUACACCUUGCUCUCAGAGGCAGCAGCACACUGGGCAAGCUUAUAGUAUCAGCAAGUCCCAAUGUUUCCAAAAAUGAUGUCCAUAAAGGAAGAGGAUCACUUGCUAGGUCCUGAGGAAAAGGUUCGGUUGUUGGAUAUAGAAGAAGACAGCCUUGGCCAAGCACAAGCAAAAAAAUAUUCUGCUGACCAUUAUCCAAGCAAGAAGUUUUUACGUUCCAACCUCCCACCAUGUACUGAAAAAUCAUCACUGAAGCCUGGUUUAGCGUUUGACAAUUUGGGCUUUCAGGCUAGCCUAGAUGAUGUUUCCCCUUCAUCCUCUAACAUAAGCUCUGUUGUGGUGGAUAUUAUAGGUAUGACCUGCCAAUCAUGUGUCCAAUCCAUUGAGGGUAAGAUUUCAAAGAUACCAAGUAUUGUGAACAUAAAGAUUUGCUUGGAACAAAACAAUGCCGUCAUAAUUUAUAAACCUGCAGCAAUAACACCACAACAAAUCUGUGAAGAAAUAGAAGAUAUGGGUUUCGAUGCCACUAUAUCCGACAUUAAAGAAGUUUUGCUGGCUAUAAAACCUGGGAAUUAUGUAGAGGAAACAGUCAAGAUCAGAAUUGAUGGUAUGACAUGCCAAUCUUGUGUCAACACUAUUGAAGGAAAAAUAGGCAAAAUCCACGGUGUCCAGAAAAUUAAAGUAUCUCUUACAAACCAAGAAGCUGUUAUUGUAUAUCUGCCUCCAUACAUUGAACCAGAGGUUCUCAGAAGUUGUAUUGAUGGCAUGGGAUUUACUGCUUCUUUUAAGGACAAAUCAGACUCCUCAAACCUUGGAACAAUUGACAUUAAACGUCUGCAGGAUAAUUCUUCCCAACUUCAUCUACAGGUUCCAGACACCUGUCCCCCGGAAAACUGUGAAAUUAUGACACUUGCAAUUGAGGGCAUGCACUGUAAAUCUUGUGUUCACAAUAUUGAAGGAAACAUGUUGGACCUUGAUGGAGUAUUAAGUAUUAAGGUUUCUCUUGCGGACAAAAAUGGAAUUGUGUGUUAUAACCAAAAUGUUAUUACCUCGGCUGCCUUAAAGGAAGCUAUUGAAGCACUUCCUCCUGGUAAAUUUAAGGUUACACUGCCAGUAGGAGUAGAACAGAAGCCUGUAUCAAAAAGUAAAUCUAACUUUGGACCAUCAACUAAAUGCCAACGAAUGAUCACAAACACUGUAUUGAUAAGCAUUGGUGGAAUGACAUGUUGGUCAUGUGUCUCUACAAUCGAAAACAUGAUCACACAGAGGAAAGGAAUUUACAAUAUAUCUGUUUCUUUAGAUAAAGCAACUGGGAAAGUCCAUUACAAUCCAUCUGAAACAAAUGCAGAGGAAAUACGUGCUGCUAUUGAAGACAUGGGAUUUGAUUCUACGCUGGUUUCUGAUACCUUAUCAUCAAGCAGCUGUCACCAGACCUCCUACAGAACACCUCAAACCAAUCCGAUUCCCCCUAAAACUGAAUGCAAAACAGAUUCUACCAGUGACUAUAUUUUGGAUGUUCUUCCCAAAAAAUCUCACCCAGAACUUUCAGCCGUGGACAGUGACACUCCACCCCAGAAGUGCUUUAUACAGAUCACUGGAAUGACUUGUGCUUCCUGUGUGUCUAACAUUGAGAGGAAUCUGCAGCGCAAACAUGGUAUAAUUUCGGUGCUAGUGGCAUUGAUGGCAGGUAAAGCGGAAGUCAGGUACAAGCCAGACAAAAUUCAACCACACGAAAUAGCACAACUAAUAGGCAACCUAGGAUUUGGUGCCACUGUGAUGGAAGAUAGCAUGGCUACGGACGGCAGUGUGGAGCUCAUUAUUACGGGAAUGACCUGCGCAUCAUGUGUUCACAAUAUUGAAUCCAGACUGAAGAGGAUAACAGGCAUUUUGCAUGCCUCUGUCACUCUUGCUACUUCAAAAGCCAAAGUCGAGUUUGAACCAGAGAUUAUCGGCCCACGAGACAUCAUCCAAGUUAUUGAGGACAUUGGCUUCCAUGCUUCUUUGGCCAAAAGAGACUCCGCUGCACAUAACCUGGACCACAAAGCCGAAAUUAAACAGUGGAGAAAUUCUUUUCUGUUCAAUCUGGUUUUUGGCAUCCCUGUCUUCUGUCUUAUGAUUUACAUGUUCUUUGUGGACCGUCACAAUUCCAUGGUACUAGAUGAAAACAUUAUACCCGGGCUGUCAAUAAUUAAUCUCAUCUUCUUAAUGCUGUGCACCCUUGUACAGUCCUUAGGAGGAAGGUAUUUUUACAUCCAGGCUUACAAGUCCCUGAAACACAAAACAACAAACAUGGACGUUCUAAUAGUCUUGGCCACAACCAUCUCCUACAUAUAUUCAGUGGUUAUCCUGCUUGUGGCCAUUGUAGAGAAAGCUGAGAAAAGUCCGGAGACGUUCUUCGAUACACCCCCCAUGCUGUUCAUGUUUAUUGCUCUGGGGAGAUGGCUUGAACACAUAGCAAAGAGUAAAACCUCUGAAGCUCUUGCCAAACUCAUAUCCUUACAAGCGACGGAAGCUACUAUUGUAACCCUUGGACCAAAUCAUUCAAUCUUGAGAGAAGAACAUGUGGCUGUAGAACUGGUCCAGAGAGGAGACAUUGUAAAAGUCGUUCCAGGUGGGAAAUUUCCAGUCGAUGGAAAAGUCAUUGAAGGGACAUCAAUGGCAGAUGAGUCCUUAAUUACAGGUGAACCUAUGCCAGUCAGGAAGAGGCCUGGGAGCACGGUGAUCGCUGGUUCUAUUAACGCCCAUGGAUCUGUUCUGGUGGAAGCAACUCAUGUCGGUGCUGAUACAACACUGGCACAAAUAGUCAAAUUGGUGGAAGAAGCACAGAUGUCCAAGGCUCCAAUUCAGCAGCUGGCAGAUAGAAUAAGCGCGUACUUUGUGCCUUUUAUCAUCGUCAUUUCCGUAGUAACGCUAAUCUCCUGGAUCACAAUCGGUUUUGUGAAUUUUGAUAUCGUAAUUAAAUAUUUUCCAAGUUACAGCAGAAAUAUGUCUAAAGCAGAGGUGAUAAUCCGGGUGGCAUUUCAGACCUCCAUAACAGUACUAAGUAUCGCAUGCCCAUGUGCCUUAGGCCUAGCAACACCAACAGCAGUGAUGGUUGGUACGGGAGUUGCUGCACAAAACGGCAUCCUUAUCAAAGGUGGUGGACCCUUGGAGAUAGCCCACAAGAUAAACACAGUGAUGUUUGACAAGACUGGCACUAUAACUCACGGAGUGCCUAAAGUCAUGAGAUUUCUCUUGCUGAGUGAUACUAUCAGCCUGCCACUGAAAAGAAUGUUAGCCGUUGUAGGCACCGCCGAAGCCAGCAGUGAACAUCCUUUAGGAAUGGCUAUUACCAAAUACUGCAAGGAGGAACUUGGAACAGAAUCUCUGGGAUCAUGUACAGAUUUUCUGGCCGUCCCUGGAUGUGGAAUCAGCUGUAAUGUUAACAAUGUUGAGAGUGUUCUCACGCAGAGCGAAGAAGGUCUGAAUGAGCAGAAUGAUUAUAGGAGCAGUCUUAUCCAAACACACCAUAACUCCUUGAUCAUCGCUCCAGAAGAAGGUGCAGUAGCCCCACAAGCUCACUCCGUACUAAUUGGAAACCGAGAAUGGAUGAGACGCAAUGGAUUCUUUAUCUCUACUGAUGUUAACGAAGCAAUGACCGGCCAUGAGAUGAAGGGGCAGACAGCUGUACUGGUAGCAAUAGAUGGUGAGCUGUGUGGAAUGAUCGCUAUAGCCGACACGGUGAAACAGGAGGCUGCCCUGGCUGUGCACACACUAAAAGCUAUGGGUGUGGAUGUGGUUCUGCUUACAGGGGAUAACAGGAAGACUGCCAAAGCAAUUGCCACCCAGGUUGGAAUAGAAAAGGUUUUUGCAGAAGUGCUUCCUUCCCAUAAAGUUGCCAAGGUCCAAGCACUGCAGACUCAAGGGAAGAGAGUGGCGAUGGUGGGAGAUGGCGUUAAUGACUCCCCAGCAUUGGUCAAAGCGGACAUUGGUAUCGCCAUCGGAACUGGAACUGAUGUGGCCAUCGAGGCUGCUGACAUUGUGCUGAUCAGAAACGAUUUACUUGAUGUUGUCGCCAGUAUUCAUCUUUCAAAGAGGACAGUCAGAAGGAUACGAAUAAACUUUCUUUUUGCCUUAAUAUACAAUCUUGUUGGAGUACCUAUAGCAGCAGGAGCCUUUAUGCCUCUGGGGUUGGUGUUGCAGCCAUGGAUGGGAUCGGCAGCAAUGGCAGCAUCCUCUGUGUCUGUUGUUUUAUCUUCAUUACAGCUAAAAUGCUACAAUAAGCCGGACCAGGACCAAUAUGAGGCCCGAGCCCAGGGGUGCAUGAAACCUCUUACGCCCUCACAGAUAAGUGUUCACAUUGGCAUGGAUGACCGGAAACGAGAACUACCAAAAACGAACACCCGGGAUGAAAUCAGCCACGUUUCUAUGUCACCUCUUUCUCCAAACAAACAUUCUCGGCAGAACUCCCUGGUAAGAGAGCGACAUGAUGAGUGGUCUCUGCUCGUCAAUGAAACAGAUGAAGACCAUCAUAUAUGAAUAACUGUCAAGAGUAAGAAAAACUAUUCAAUGUAAAGUACCACUUCAAGCCACAAGCACAGAGACUUUGAAAACAGCCAUGUUCUUAUGACUACCUUAACAAACCAAUGGUACCGGUUAAUUUUCAGUAGCAGAAUUCUGAUUGGCCACAGCAGGCAGCUGGGAUGCAAGUUAAUUGCAGAAUAUGGUGUAUGUCAUCACACUGUCAUUUGGACCAUUGUAAUGCAUCUUUAGCCACAGUUUACCAUCAGAGUUGUGAUCCUUUUAUUCUCUGUGUCGCUAAGGGAACACAGGUAAUCUUCACUACAGGGUUUAGUUAGAGCUAACUGAGGCAUGAACGGGGAGGUAGCAUUGCCAACUUUAAAAAGAAACUAGCUGCUUUGAAACACAAAUUUUCUUUUUUUGUAUAAUGCACAGUUACUGUUUUCUGAUAUUAAUUUUUUAUACCAAAAUUACCAAAAAAUAAGGCCACGGCCACUUGGGUUUUAAUAGAUCCUGUAACUGGUAAUUCACUAUAAAUAUAUUCCGUGUACAUAGAACACAAAGCAAGCAAUAUCAUAUAAAUGUUUGGCUAUAUUUCUAUCAGUAACUCAGAUGUAGUCUAGUGUAUAAGUAAGAUGGAUUCUCUGAGCAACCUUAUUUGAUAUGUUUAUCAGUGCAAAAUUAAGAUCUGAUAUUUGAAGAUUGUAACUGCAGAUGCUGACGUAGAGUGGUGUAAGGAGAUGUUACACUUUAUAAGGUACCAAAAUG